AUGGAUGGAUAUGUAGGACAUGUGUUGCGCAGUUCACAGAUUACUGGGCUAGUGACCGCUCUUGCCACUCUUUUCAAGGGUAGAUUGUGUUGCUUUCCUAAGGACCCGCUGGAAGAUAUUGAUAAGUGGGGGGAAUCAGUGGACAAAGUCUUGAGCUCUAAAGCUGGACAGAUAGCCUUCGUGGAGUUCCUCAAGUCUGAGUACAGCGAGGAGAACAUACUGUUUUGGCUGGCAUGUGAGGAGUACAAAAACAUCAAGAACAGUCCGGAAAUGAUCUCCUCGGCCAACAGGAUCUACACAGAGUUUGUGCAGACAGAGGCACCUAGACAGAUUAACAUAGACUGCACUACAAGAGAAAACAUCACCAAGAACAUCUCGCAGCCCACACUGACGUCAUUCGACUCGGCGCAGAAGCUCAUCUACAGCCUGAUGGCCCGAGAUUGUUACCCCCGGUUCCUGAAGUCUGACGUCUACCAGGGUCUCCUCAUGAGAAAGGAACCCAGUUGACUCUUUUUGUUUGGUUUUGGUUUUCAAACCACCCCCCACUGUCCCCCUACCCUCAAACCUAUGGAUGAACCCCCGCACCAACCGCUAUGGUCCCCUCCUGGGACCAGUCCCGUCCUUGGUCCUGUCCCGGGUCCUGUCCCUCCUGGGUCCUGUCUCCUCUGGGAUCCUAUCUCCUCCUGGGUCCUGUCUUUCCGUGUGGCUAACUGGAUUACGCCAUAACACUGCCGCGUUCCUUUACAGCGCAUCAGAAGCAGCCGUUGUUGUCCUUGUGUGAUGGUUUAGCAGUACAUACCUGUAAUAUAGCUCAUGUCUGGUGUUUAGAUCAAGAAAA